AUCGGCCAUCACUACAAACAGAUCUAACAAAUGUUAAUCUAAUAAUACUGAAACUUUAAAAACACCAUUUGUGCAUUAUUUAAUUCUUGCAUUCAAACAGCCAGACGCAGCACCGCUGUAAAGAAAAGCUGAAGAAACUUUAAAACGCCAUGUCAAGUUAAAAACAUUUUUAAACUUGACACAUUGUCUAAAAACGCGGCGCUCGUGUGAGACUCGCCGAAAAUUCAGCAAGAUGCUGCACGGAGGUCAAAGAUUUACGUAUUUACAAAAUCAAUUAAAAAGCAGUGGAAAAUGGCGCUAGAUGCCUUGAAAACACCGGGUACCUUAGAGCGGCUAAGUUUGCAGAACAUGUAACUUGACUCUUGUAUGCCACAGAACAAGUCACACUCCCAAGUACAAGACUAUUUUUAACUAAUGGGCAGGCACAGAUUUAGGCUCACUCCAACAUUAAGCUGAACGCCACUGUGGAGCUCACAGUAAAACAUUAUGGGUAGACAAAGGACCCAAACAUCCAAGCUUCAUCGCCACUGUGAGAGCUGCCACAACCGCCGCUGCAAGACGGCAGUUGAGAUUUCUGUGUCAUGUGCGAUCAUCAGCUGCCGUUUGUUGUGCGGUGCCGUGUUUCACCUGUGCAAGGAAGAAGAACACAUGCUUUUGUGUCCCAAUGAGAGGGUGCCUUGUCUCAACGUUGAAAAUGGCUGCCCAUUCACCAUGUGCCGCUCGAACCUAGCUAAACACUUGGCGGUGUGUCCUGCUAGUGUUGUCUCCUGCUCCAUGGAGUGGAACCGAUGGCCCAUUGAAGAGUCUGAGACCCCUGAGUUCUAUAAGAAUGUUUUGAAGGAGAACUACGCUCAGGAACCUUUGGAUCUCUCGAUGGCUCUGAGGGACCAGCAGCGUCUGUUUCGUUCUCUUAAAAUGAAGAAUAUCUUCCCUGAACUUAUUGAAAAGCUGGCUGAGGAGCCUUCAGUUGCAGUGCCAGAGGGGGCCGUGGGAGGGGUACCGUUCUCAAAUAGAGUCGAGGAAGCGUCUGUGUCUUCAAGCACGGAAACUGAGGAAGGAGGUCUGACUCAGGAGGAACGAGAAGAAUUGGCGAGGAAUCCUAUUGUGGUGAAUCUCGAAAGCUAUAAUAUUUGGGAAAGAAUGUUUAGCAUGGAAUUGAGCGGCUGCAAGCACACGAUAAAAUCUUUGGGGAAAAAAUCUGAAUCCUCUCAUGGUAAUGAAAUAAAGCCACAAGCAAACCCAAGCAGGUUAGAAGUCUUACAGGAAGAGCAGCAAAUGCAGAUCGACAGUCAAGAUGCAGCUACUGACAUCCCUCAAUACAACGCAUAUGAAAUGGAUGAGCAUAAAUUCCUCAUCGCCACAUCCCUAUUUGCAUGUGACACAAGACCCGAAAAGAAACUAAUUUACGAACAUUUGGAGCCCAUGAAGAUUAAAACAGUCCGCACUUUCAAAGUCCCAACCAGCUUCAAAGCCAAACACAGUCGCAUUCGAAACCCCUCGCAUAACAAGAAGGUGAACGCAAGCGUAGACACUUCUGACCUAGGAGUUGAAAUCGAUGACAUGCCAAAAUGGGAUGAAGUUCAAGCUACUCUAUUGUGCUCUUUAGAGAGAGAACUACGGGGGCAUCUCAUAGCUGAAUCAGUGUCCACAGACGCACUUCUUCUGGACAUUGGAACUCAGACAUAUGAUUUCUACUCAGCACCUUUCAAAGCAGAGACCUCGCUGGCUGACAUUACUGCUGACCGGGCUUUGAAACUUCAUGUCCACAUUCAGGCCGAGAGCGUCACCAGAAGGCACAACAAAUCCAGCUCUGCGUUUACAUACCUGUGCAACCACACGUUCAGACGGGAUGAGUUUCCUUCACACUACAAGAAUGUUCACUCUGAUAUCCAGAGUUGCGUCAGUGGAUGGUUUGAACAGCGAUGCCCUCUCGCCUACCUGGGCUGCACUUUUAUUCAGAGAAGGUUUCAGCCCAGCUCUCACAGAGCGACGGUCUUCUAUGACAAAGAGCUCAGCACCUUCUGCCUCCGACCAGAGGUUUCAGACACACUGUAUGAAGGUGUAAAAACGGUGACCGUGGAAAGAAAGCGUGCACGCAAUGCAGACGCUCUGAGCAGGCUACCUUUUGAGGUUCUGGUCCAUGUUGCUAGAUUUCUCGACAGCUUCACCCUGUCCCAGCUGGCUCUGGUCUCCCGUCUCAUGAGGGAGGUAUGCAGCACCUUGCUUCAUGAGAGAGGGAUGGUCUCACUGAAGUGGGAGAAGAAGGUCUACUCUCAUGGUGGAUGGUGCUGGAGAAGCAAGAAGAGGGUUUGGCAGUUUAGCAACUUGUUCUCCACUGUGGACAGCUGGUGCUUCGACAGACUGCCUCCGAUUUCUGAACAUCUAAAGGUUUGUCCAUACUACCAGAGGGAGAGUAAGACAGCACCUGUUCCUUUGACUGGUGUUCAUGAGUGCCAUGAGAAGAAAGCAAACAGGAAUCAGAGUCUUGUCUCCAUGUUCAUUAAAAACAAUUAGAAUCUGUAUUACAGUAACAGACAAUGAAUUAAAUGUUGUUUUUUUGUGACUUAUAUAUAAAGUCAUGCAUCUAUGCUGAAUUCUGUGUCAUUUUGUGCUAUUCUGUCUGUUAAUUUUAUUUAGGCAUAUGUGCAAUAAUUAAUAAAAAGUAACCACUUUUUUCAGCUUUGUUAUGGAAUGCUUUUGCACUGUUAUUCUGGUUUCUGUACUUGUGUAAAGUAUUCUGUCCAAAAAUAGGAAAACUGUCGUCAUUUCAUUCCAAACCUGUAUGCCUUUCUUUCCUCUGAGGAACACAAAAGAAGACAUUUUGAAGAACAAACUGUUUUGGUUACCAUUGACCUCCAAUGUAUGGUCAAAUCAUUUCUCAAAAUAACUUCUUUUCUGUUCCCCAGAAGAAAGAAUAUCAUACCAGUUUGGACACAAAAAAAAUUAAAUAUUUCUUCCUAGUGAAUUCAUGGCAAGGAAAAGUUUGGGUUUAAAUUAUAAUUAAAUUGUUCAUUGUUUGGUAAUUUGAUAAUUGUUGACAGUUAAAAGGGUUAAGUAGGGUUAAAAUUUCAGAACAAUAGCCUACUUAUUUGUUUUCUAUGACUUUAUUUUGGUUAUGUUUAUUUUGUUAAUAUUUUUUCUUUCUUUCUUGUUUGACAGUGAAGGGGUGAUCAUUGUC